CUUUCUUUCAGACCAGAAAAGAGAGAAAGAUACAGAUUCAGAUAUAUACAUACAUACAUACACUUUUAGGGCUGAAAGCUCUGGUGACUGAAAGCUCCGGUGAAUCUCCGGCUGUAGGACUCUCCGUUCGUCUGUUAUAGACGCCGUUUGUCGGUGAUUUUAGGCAUUUUCUCCGAUCUGAUUUUCAGUAACUGAAUCUCCGGCGGUAGGACUCUCCGCUCGUGUGUAAUACGACGCCGUUUAUCAGUGAUUUUAGGCGUUUUCUUCGAUCAGAUUUACAGUAAUUGAAAGCUCCGAUGAAUUUCUGGCGGUAGAACACUCAGGUUAUCCGUAAUACGACGCCGUUUUUCAGUGAUUUAAUUUGAACAACGAGCAAUGAAGAUAUCGGCGAACAGUUCCGAAUCGAGUUUAACAACUGCGAUUCCAGUUGGAGGCGGAGAGAAGAACAGGAUAAUCAAUCCGGAAUAUGGCAGGCCUGUGAAUACCAGAUGUUUAUGAGGAAAUUAGGGUUCGAUACAUGAUCUCUGGUGUUAUAAAGAAGGAGGUGAGGUUUAUGAAGAAGGAGAUGAGGUUAGUGACACGUCAAUUGCCACCUAAUCCUGUCCAUUUCAGCAAGUUUGUGCCACGUAGGAUAAGAAACAAACUCGGUUAGUAAAGAUUUGUUAGAGUGGUGCCAGCACAAACUAAAAGUCAAGUUGGGGGUGUCGGGUGUCAAAGUGUUAGUUGGGGGUGGCAACGGCCAAAGGCCAAUAGUUGAAGGGGUCUCUUGUUGGAACAAUCAUCUUAUGCACAACCAAGUGGAAAAGUUCUAAGCUGCUUAGAUUCAAUGAAGAACUGUUUUUCAUAUAUCUACUUCCACCCAUCAUUUUCAAUGCUGGGUAAGCUUUCAAGUGAAGAAGAAACAGUUCUUCCAUAACUUUUUCCCUAUCAUGCUGUUUGGAGUCGCUGGUGUUCUCAUAUCAACAUCUAUAGUUGCAGCUGGCAGCUGGUGGCUGUUUCCAAAGUUAGGGUUCGACGGUUUGUCUAUCGGCGAGCAUCUAAGUAUUGGGACCAUUUUCUCCUCAACAGAUACUGUAUGCACAUUACAGGUUUUGAACCAAGAGGAGACACCUUUGCUAUACAGCUUGGUUUUUGGUGAAGGGGUAGUAAAUGAUGCAACAUCGGUCGUACUCUUCAAUGCGGUUCAAAAUAUUAGCGCAGACACACUUAAUGGCAAGACAGCUCUUAAGAUAUUUCUAGAUUUCUUGUAUCUAUUUAGUACAAGCACGAUUCUUGGCAUUGCGGCUGGCCUUGUGACAGCAUUUAUUCUUAGAGGCCUGUCCUUUGGCAGGCAUUCAAGUGUUCGAGAAAUCGCUUUGAUGGUUCUAGUAGCAUAUUUGUCCUACAUGUUGGCCGAGCUAUUUGAGCUCAGUGGGAUUCUGACGGUAUUUUUUGCUGGCGUUUUAAUGUCUCACUAUUCAUGGCAUAAUGUGACUGAAAGCUCAAGAAUCACUACCAGGUACGCAUUUGCAACAUUGUCUUAUAUCGCGGAAACAUUUAUAUUCCUAUACGUGGGAAUGGAUGCUCUGGACUACGAGAAAUGGAAAACGAGCACAUUAAGUUUUUGGACCAAAAUGGGCCUUUACGGCAUUGUGAUGUUUCUGAUAGCCAUUGGGCGCGUUGCUCUUGUGUUUCCACUUUCCAUCAUUUCUAAUUACUUGCACAAGAGUGGGGGAGAGUCAACCAAGAUCUCAGGACACCACCAGAUGGUUAUUUGGUGGGCGGGUCUGAUGAGGGGUGCUGUCUCUGUGGCCUUGGCAUUCAAACAGUUUACUCACUCUGGAGUGACGUGGGACCCAAACAAUGCGACAAUGAUCACCACCACUAUUGUGAUUGUGCUCUUCAGUACUGUGGUGUUUGGUUUCUUGACAAAACCGCUAGUAGAUCAUCUACUUCCUGCAAGUAGUUCAAAUACCAACACUCGGAACCCCCGAGACCCCGGAUCUCCAAAAGAGGAUAUGACACUUCCAUUACUAUCUUUUGACGAAUCUGCUUCAGAAAAUAUGUCGAGAGCAAAGGAAAAUAUGUCAAUGCUAAUGGACAGACCCGUGUACACGAUCCACUCGUAUUGGAGAAGGUUUGAUCAUGCUUAUAUGAGACCUAUAUUCGGUGGUCCAUCUAGCGACGACUUGCCCAUGGUAUAAAACAUAAAUAGAAGUGAAAAACUGAUUUUGGGAAUCCAUAAAGUCAUGAUUUAGAUCGAAGUCAGAGAGCUAAAGAUUUAAGUCUUUCAAUGUGUUGACUGAUGGCAAAAAAUAUAUGUCCAUGAUUUAAAUCUCAAGAUGCCAAUGGUUUAAAUUUGAUUA